ACCUAAACUACUAGAAACGAGGCUUUGAUGUGUGUAAUGAAUUGCAGUUCUUAUCUAAGAGUAGUGUCGAACGCAACAGUUAGCAAAGACUGAGGCUCUCUAUUAUCAAUCAAUCAAAGACGAUGGUGCUCAAGUACCGUUAUUGCCUUCCUCCUCCUCCUUCCUCCUCUGUGCCCUUACUUUGUCAUCACUAUCCAAAGCUUCAAAUUUUUGGAAAUGGACGGCCCAAACCCCCAAUACCAUUUUCUCUAUAUGCAAUUCCACCUCCUAAUAAUACUACUUCCACCUCACACUCUUCAACCACCCCCAUUUUCCUCCCUUUUCUCCAAGAAGAAGAUGAAGAAGAACAAGAAGUAGAAAUGCUACAAGACCCAGAAUCAGAACAAAACGAACAACAAGAUGAGGUCUUGGAAUCAAUCGAAGACCCAAUUCUCAGAUUCUUCAAAUUUCGCACUUCAAUUCAAGAACUAGACCCUGGCUGCCAAGGAAAGCUUUCCCUCCAAAAGAAUCGCCGCACUUCCUGGCACCUCGCCCCUGGCGAUGCAGUUGAAUUUGUGGAAGAAACUGAAUUUGAUUUCAAAAAUGGGUUCGAAGACAAACAGGAGCAAUUGGGUGUUGAGAAUGAGAAUUUGGCUUUAGAGGGUGUUGUAGGUGAAAUUCUGCAGAUAGCAAGGAAUGUGCCUGAGAAUUUGACUUUGGGGGAGCUUUUGGGGCCUUAUGAAGGAAGGGUUGGAGAGAGAGACUGUGUGGAGGUGUGGUUGAUGGGUGAAUGCAUAGGUUAAUGGGGUUGUUUGUACUUUUUCGAAUGGAUGGGCUUGCAGGAACCAUCGCUUGUUAUGCCACGAGCAUGUUCACUGUUGUUUCCUGUCUUGGGGAGAGCUGGGAUGGGUGAUAAAUUGAUGGUUUUGUUUCGUAAUUUGCCUAAUUCGAAGCAAUUCAGGGAUGUUCAUGUUUACAAUGCUGCAAUAUCAGGUCUACUGUGUUGUGGGAGGUAUGAUGAUGCCUGGAAAGUCUAUGAGAAAAUGGAAACAAAUAAUGUCCAACCAGAUCAUGUGACAUGUUCUAUUAUGAUUACAAUCAUGAGGAGAAGCGGUGGAAGUGCCAAAGAAGCAUGGGAGUUCUUUGAGAAAAUGAAUAGGAAAGGUGUUGAAUGGCAUUUGGAAGUCUUGGGUGCUCUAAUAAAAUCAUUUUGUGAUGAGGGGCUUACGAACGAGGCGCUUAUUAUCCAAUUAGAAAUGGAGAAGAAAGGGAUUUCUUCAAAUGCUAUUGUGUACAACACUUUAAUGGAUGCAUAUAGUAAAUCUGACAGGGUUGAAGAGGCUGAAGGUCUCUUUGCUGAGAUGAAAGCAAAGGGGAUUAAACCUACAUCUGCCACUUAUAACAUUUUAAUGCAUGCAUACAGCAGAAGAAUGCAACCUGAGAUCAUUGAGAAACUUCACCUAGAGAUGGAAAAUUUGGGGUUGGAGCCAAAUGUCAAAUCAUAUACAUGUCUUAUUAGUGCUUAUGGGAGGCAGAAAAAGAUGAGUGAUAUGGCUGCAGAUGCUUUCUUGAGGAUGAAGAAGGUUGGGAUUAAACCAACUUCACAUUCAUAUACAGCUCUUAUCCACGCAUAUUCAGUCGGUGGUUGGCAUGAGAAGGCUUUUAUGGCCUUUGAAAACAUGCAAAGGGAAGGAGUAAAACCUUCUGUAGAAACUUAUACUGCUCUACUUGAUGCAUUUAGGCGUGCUGGUGACACCCAAAUGCUGAUGAAGAUAUGGAAAUUGAUGAUCAGUGACAAAAUUGUAGGUACGCGUGUGACAUUCAACAUUCUUCUAGAUGGAUUUGCUAAACAAGGCCACUACAUUGAAGCAAGAGAUGUAAUCUGUGAAUUUGGAAAGAUUGGCUUGCAGCCAACGGUGAUGACAUAUAACAUGCUGAUGAAUGCAUAUGCACGAGGAGGGCAAGAAUCAAAGUUGCCUCAACUGCUGAAAGAGAUGUCAACUCUCAAUCUAAGGCCAGAUUCUAUCACUUAUUCCACCAUGAUAUAUGCCUAUGUCCGUGUUCGCGACUUCAAGAGGGCAUUUUUUUAUCAUAAGAAGAUGGUGAAAAGUGGGCAAGUGCCUGAUGCCAAAUCCUAUCAGAAGCUCAGGGCGAUUUUGGAUGUGAAAGCUGCAACAAAUAACAGGAAAGAUCGAAAAGCUAUACUUGGCAUAGUUAAUAGUAAGAUGGGUUUGUUGAAAUCUACAAAGAAAAGAAAGAAAGAUGAGUUCUGGAAGAACAAGAAGCAGCAAUCAAGAAUUCAUGCCUCGCCUCGCGUUGGACACUGAUGAUUCUAUGCUUGGAUUUCUCAUUCACAAAAAAACCUCAGAAGAAUCCCCAAAAAAUCUGUGAGUGGCUUGAGAAUUUCAUUAAUGUUGAUAAUGAGGCUAAUGUCUGCUGAGUAGGAAUCUGCUGGUUGAUUUUGCACUGGCUUCUUUUGUAUAUAGGUCUUGUUAAUGUGUGCCCUUAGGGCAUAUGUUAAGAGAGCUUAAUAGUAUUGUACCUUAUUUAUUGCAUUCACUCUCAUGUGCAAUGUACAACACUUUUAAGCUUCUUAACAUGUGCCCUAAGGGAGCACAUCAAUAAAUUCCUUUGUAUAUAAUGAGAAGUGUCACUUGUAUUGUGAGUUGGGUUUUUCUUGACAAUCCCAUAAAUGCUAUAAAUGAAAGUUUCCAAUUGCUC